CGUAGCCCCGGAGGAGACCGUCGUCGUCCCAUUCAUAGCUUUCCGCGUUGGUUUAAUCGCUCCGACUCCGAGUAGUGCGCGAUGUGUAAUAGUGGUGGCGUGUCUGCGGCCGUCGUCGCCCCGCCCGUCGGCUUGCAUUGGCUCGCCGGAGCCGGUCGGCCGGAGCUGCUAUAAGUACGUGACCCGCAGCAGAAGGUGAGCGGGCGUCAGUGUCAGACGUGCUGUCUGUCAGCGAUUGAGCCUUGUCUCUCGCCGCGGCGGCGCGCGCGACGGCCAUGUCGGAGUCGGAGAAGGGGUCGGUGGCGGCGGCGAAGGUGGCGCUGAGCCGGCCAUGCGUCCUUGUCAUAGUGAUGGCCGGCGUGGAGAGGUUCGCGAACAAGGGGAUGGGGUCGAACCUGGUGACGUACCUCACCGGCGUGGUGGGGAUGAGCACGGCGGCGGCGGCGGCCAAGAGCGUCGUCACCUGGACCGGGGUCAGCUUCAUGCUGCCGCUCCUCAGCUCCAUCCUGACCGACUCAUACUGGGACCGCUACUCUACCCUCGCCGCCUCCUCCUUGCUCUACGUCCUGGGGAUGGUGUCCCUCACCGUAUGGGCACUGCUACGCCCACAGAUGCCGCGCCCCACGCUGUUCAUCCCGCUCUACCUGAUGGCCGUCGGGCAAGGUGGGUACCAACCCACGCUGCAAGCCUUCGGCGCCGACCAGCUCGGCAUCGGCGACGACGACGCCGAGCCGGGCCUGACGGCGGAGGAGAAGGGCAAGGUGAAGAGCAUGUUCUUCCAGUGGUGGUACUUCGGCAUCUGCAGCGGCAGCCUGCUGGGGAACUCCACCAUGUCCUACGUCCAGGACAACUUCGGCUGGGUGCUCGGCUUCGCCAUCCCCAGCGGGGUCAUGGCCCUGUCCGUCGCGGCCUUCUUCUGCUGCACACCUCUCUACAGGCAGACGCAGCCCAAGGGCGCCAGCGGCAAGCCGUCGUCUCCGAGUGGCUUCUGCAAGGUCCUCAAGUCCAUUCUCGCAGGUCGAAAGAUCAGCCUGCCGUCCAUGGACGACAAUGGCGGCACCAUGUCUGAGCUAGAGUUGCAAGAGAAGCCACUGAAAGCUGAACCGGGUGAUGCAAAUAAGGAGGGCGUGGACGAGGCCGCGCCCAGCAUGGGCAAGGUCAUCCUCGGCCUGCUGCCGAUCUGGGCCAUCCUGCUCAUCUUCGCGGUGAUCUUCCAGCAGCCGAUGACGUUCUUCACGAAGCAGGGCAUGCUGAUGGACCACACGGUCGGGCGCGGCGCCUUCGUGAUCCCGCCGGCGAUGCUCCAGAGCUCGAUCACCGUCUCCAUCAUCCUGCUCGUGCCCAUGUACGACCGGGUGAUCAUCCCGCUGAUCAACGCCGUCACCCGGGGCAGCGACGGCAUCACCGUGCUCCAGCGGAUCGGCGUCGGCAUGGUCCUCUCCGUCGUCGCCAUGGCCAUCGCCGCGCUCGUCGAGUCGUGGCGGCUCCGCGUGUCCGCGGCGUCCGGGGGAGCCUACCGGCUCAAGAUCUUCUGGCUGCUGCCGCAGUACGUCCUGCUGGGCGUCUCGGACGUGUUCACGGUGGUGGGGAUGCAGGAGUUCUUCUACACGCAGGUGCCGUCGUCCAUGAAGACGAUCAGCAUCGGGCUCUACCUCAGCGUCUUCGGCGUCGGGGGAUUCCUCGGCGCCUUCCUGAUCACCGUGCUCGAGAUGGCCACGGCGAGGCCCGGCAACUCCAAGGGGUGGUUCUCCGACGACCCCCGGGAGGCGCACCUCGACAACUACUACUGGUUCCUGGCUCUGCUGUGCUUCAUCAGCUUUGUGAUCUUCACGCACUUGUGCAAGUUCUACAGCAGCAAAAAUGCAUCAGGGAAGUAGGAUCUGGUGGAGUGGGUACUAGAGCGAUUUGCUGUUCGAUCUUGAUGUUUCUUUCGCGGUGGUUUCAGGGAUAGUUCAGGUAAUCAGGUGUGCUCUGUUUUCAGACUUGAGAGUGAGCUGUGUAGUUCGGAACUUCAGGUGUGUUCUGUUGUGUGAAAGGUGAAACACCUGUACAUAGGCAGAGUCUACUUAUAAUCUGUCAGAGAGAAAAUAUGCUGAAUACAUACUCUUUUUUCUCAUUUUAAAGAAGUA